AUGAAUAAACUAACAUCGUAUACAAUAAAAGAAGUUCAUAGGGCUUAUCGUGAUAAGCUUUUGACUCCAACGAGUUUCGUGGAUUUGUGUUUGCAAAAGGUGAGGCAAACUAGUGAAUUAAAUGCAUUUGUGAAUAUAACUGAAGACGUAGCCGAAAACCAUGCGAUUGAUAGUGAAAAACGCUUUUAUAUAGACAAGAAAAUAAAACCGCUUGAUGGGAUAACAAUAGCCAUUAAGGAUAAUUUUUGUACCAAAAACGUAACUACCACUUGCGCUUCGGAAAUGUUGAGAAACUUCGUUCCAACAUACGAUGCUACGGUUUACGCUAAAUUAAUAAAUAACGGUGCUUGUCUCAUUGGGAAAAGUAACUUAGAUGAGUUUGCAAUGGGCUCUGGAACAGUUGAUUCCAUCUUUGGUCCUACUCGCAAUCCUUGGGGCUAUAACGGUGAAACUGAUUGGAGAAUCGCAGGUGGCAGCUCAGGAGGAAGUGCUGUAGCUGUCAGCAGUGGAGCCUGUAUAGCUGCUAUUGGCUCUGACACUGGAGGUUCUACUAGAAAUCCUGCUGCAUUGUGUGGUGUUGUAGGUAUUAAACCAACAUAUGGCUUAGUAUCAAGAUACGGCCUCAUACCUCUGGUGAACUCUAUGGAUGUGCCAGGAAUUCUAGCUAGAAACAUAGAUGAUGCAGCUGAAAUAUUAAAUUGCAUUGCUGGUCAGGAUGAUUUGGAUUCAACAACUAUAAAAAGAAAAUACCAGCCUAUAGAAAUACAGGAGAACUUUAAUUUGUCAAAUUUAAGAAUUGGUAUACCUAGUGAAUACUAUUGUGAGGGUAUGAGUGAAGAGGUCAUUGAUACAUGGAGGUGGGUAGCUGAUUUGCUUGAAAAUGAAAAGGUCCUUUUAAAAAGUGUCACCUUACCCCAUACAUCAGUCUCCAUUGCUGUAUAUUCAAUAUUAAACCAAUGCGAAGUUGCCAGUAAUAUGGCUAGAUAUGAUGGUUUAGAGUUUGGGUUAAGAACAAAUGAAGACUAUUCAACAGAAGAACUUUAUGCUUCCUCAAGAUCUCAAGGCUUUAACAAUGUUGUCAGGUCACGGAUCUUUGCCGGAAAUUAUUUCUUACUUACGAGGAAUUACGAGAAAUAUUUUCUAAAAGCUCUAAAGUUACGAAGGCUUAUAGCAAAUGAUUUUAAUAAUGUAUUCAAUGGUGAUAAUCGUGUAGAUUUACUUUUGACUCCGACUACACUAAGUGAUGCACCAUUAUAUGGAGAUUUUGUGUCCAAACAUAAUAGAGACCAAUGUGCUUUACAAGAUUAUUGUACGCAGCCAGCUAACAUGGCUGGUAUUCCAGCUGUGUCUAUACCAAUUCGUUUAUCUAAGACGACCACCACAACAGAAAUUUUGUCAAAACUGAACAUAUCCAUUGAUGCCUUACCACAGAAAUGUCAAGAACUAUUAAAAUUAGUUGCUUGUAAUCAGCUAGAAGUGGAUAUAGAUCAGCUCGACCCUGUCGCAAUAUCGUUGCAACAGUCACUGCAAAUCUCGAGGAAACUUAACGAAGAGUAUGAAAUACUAAAACUUAAACAUAAAAAUACAGAACUACAAACGCAAAUAGACCGUAACAGCAAAUUCUUAGACAACUUGAGGAAGGAAUUGAAUUGCUCGAGAUGUUCUUUAGCAAGCCAGACGCCCAACCCGGAGAAUAUACAGGACCACAUCAAGCAGAUGAAACAAAGAGUGCUCUCCUAUGAAGAGAGCUGUAAUAAGGCCACGAUGAAGUUUUCGAAGCUUUCAGUACCAGAUUCUGUUUUACCCAAAGCUCUGCAAGCCCAGCUGUCAGCACUGAACACACUCCAUGAGGAAGUCGUAGAUUGGAGGCAGCGAGCUGAUGAUGUAGUCUUUACUAGAGAUGCAAGAGAAAUGUUUAAUAGACUAAGGAGAUAG